AUGGCGACACCGAUCGACGACUCGAUGCAAGCCCGCAUCACAACAGACUGCCCCGACGCAACCCGCGAAAUCCUCCUCCACGCCUGGAGCCACGACUCCUCCGCCCUCAAGAAACUCCUCCAGGAACCGGGCCAAGCGAGCUGCCAAGACCCCACGACCGGCGAGACGCCCCUCCACGCCGCCAUCCGCGCCUGCGGACCUGCUCCCCCUUCCACCGAUAAUGAAGUCCAGAAUGGAGACGGAGACGACGACAGCGAAGACCUACAGGUAGAAGAAGCAAAGGAAACGGUCCACGAGCUCUUCCUCUCCGGCGCAAUCUGGAACGACGUCGACAACAACAACGAGACGCCGGGCUGCCUCGCCCUCCGCCUCGGCCAAAAGGCGCUCUACAACCUCUGCGUCGAGGCCGGCGUGCGCGCCGAGAUGCUGUUUGGCUUGUUGGACGGGUACGAGGCGCUUUCUUCGGGGGGCUCGGAGAUGGACGAGGACGAGGUCGAGGCAGCCGUCGAAGGGACCGCAGACGCCAACGACGUUGUCAUUGAGGACGUACACGAUACGGAAGAAGCACCACAACUCGUCGAGGCACCAGCACCCGUCUCAGAGGAACAGCAGCAAGAACCCAAAACGUUCCAACCACCCGCCGUCCAGGACCCUUCCCUCAACUCGGAAGAGUACCUCGCCUCCAACCUGACCUACUCCUCCGGCAAACUCGUCGACGAGGCAGGCAACGGCGUCAUGAUGGCGUGGGAGACGGAAAUCAUGCGCAAGAGCGUCGACGCCCUCAUCCCGCCACCAUCCACAGCCGAGGACUCCUCCGCCGAUGCUGCUACCUCCACGAUAUCAGGCAAACGCAUCCUCAACAUCGGCUUCGGCAUGGGCAUAAUCGACUCCAUGUUCCGCGCCACAUCCCCCGCCCGCCACCACAUCAUCGAAGCCCACCCCGAAGUCCUCGCCGAAAUCGACGGCACCACCACCACUGACUCAGACUCGAUCCCCUCCACCUUCGGCGCCGCAUGGGAAUCCUCGUCCCCCCGACCAGGAGCCUACAAAAUCCACCGCGGCAGGUGGCAAGACGUCGUCCCCCAACUCCUCGAGGCCGGCGAAGUCUACGACGCAAUCUACUUUGACACGUUCGGCGAAGACUACGGCCAGCUGAAGACAUUCUUCACGGAGUACAUCCCCGGCCUGCUCGAUUUCGAGGGGCGCUUCAGCUUCUUCAACGGCCUGGGCGCCGACCGGCGGAUAUGCUACGACGUCUACACCAAGGUGGUCGAGAUGCACAUGGCCGACGCCGGCCUGGACGUUGAGUGGGACGAGAUGGACGUCGACAUGAAGGGCUUGGAAAAGGCCGGCGCCGGCGAGUGGGAGGGUGUCGUGCGCCGGUACUGGACUUUGGAUAAGUACCGCUUGCCCACGUGCACGUUCAUGGGUUGA